AUUGACUCUUCCCAAAACUGUCCUCUUUUUUUUUUUUUAUUGCUUUCGUUUCUGUAUACUUUGCUAAAAUGAAUUUUUAUCAACACGCUGGUCGUAUUCUCGACAAACUUGCCAGACAUGAGGGUACCAUCAAAGGCUUGAUUAUCGGCGAUCCCAAAGUUUGGGACAAGAAGAAAAUGUAUGCCCUUGUUUGCGAGACUUUGAAAUAUAAGCAAGUUUUAAAUGAGCUCAUUGACAAGUCUAAAAUUUGUGAAGUUGAAAAGAAGUUAAAAAGAUCGCUUGCUCUUGUUUUGAUUCACGAUUUGAUGUUUACUAAAAGAGGUAUCACUGUUCGCAACGAUGUUCCCUUAAAGCAAUGUGUCACCCGCCAUCAUGCUAGACUCAAGUCAGAAUUAAUCAAGAUCAAGAUUAAAAGAGGUGCUACCUCAGACGAAGAUUUGGUUAGUCAAAAAGUGAAGGAUGCCGUUCAUAUUCCCAGAUAUGCUCGUGUCAACGAACAUAAGCUUACAGUUGGUAAGGCUAUCAAGAGUUUCCAGAACGAAGGCUAUACUCUUAUCGAUUGCCCUGAAGAUCUGCGUGAAUUAAAGCCUAAAGAAUUCUGUGUCGAUCGUCAUUUGCGCGAUAUGCUUAUUUUCCACCAAAAAACAGAUUUCCAUGCUCAUCCUUUGUACGUUAAUGGCAACAUUAUUUUGCAGGAUAAAGCCUCUUGUUUCCCCGCACAUGUUUGUAAUCCAGCAAAAGGUGCACAUGCUAUUGAUGCUUGUGCUGCUCCAGGAAACAAAACUUCUCACCUUUCUGCAUUGAUGAAGAACUCUGGAAAGAUUUGGGCUUUUGAUUUGGAUUCUCGUAGAUUAGAUUUGUUAAAGAGAUUGACCAAUAAGGCUGGAUGUAAAAAUAUCAACCCUAUCCAUGGAUCCUUCCUUGAGACUGAUCCUAAUGAUGCUCAAUAUGCCCAAGUUGAAUACCUCCUUUUGGAUCCUUCCUGCUCCGGAUCAGGUAUCAUUAGUAGAUUAGACCAUCUUGUUGAUGAUGAUGAUGAAGCAGAAAAGGAUGGGAAAGACGCUGAUGGUAAAACUCAAGAGGAAAGAUUACAAAAUCUUGCCGAUUUCCAAAUAUCUAUUAUCCAACAUGCCCUCAAAUUUCCUAGCGCAAAACGUGUCGUUUACUCUACAUGUUCAAUCCACCCAGAGGAAAACGAACAUGUUGUAAGAACUAUUUUGAAGAGAAACCUAGACUUUGAAUUAGCUCCUCGUGACACUGUCUUACCUACUUGGGAAAGAAGAGGUAUCCCCGAAGAAAUCAAUGGUGACAAAGAUCUUGCCAAUCGUCUUGUUCGCACAGUGCCAGCAGAAGAUUUGACUAAUGGCUUUUUUGUUGCGUGCUUUAUUAAAAAAUCACCCAGCGAACAAGGUGAAAAGAGACCUUUAGAAGAAAAUGCUAACGUAGAAUCUUCUUCAAGUAAUCCUUCAAAGAAAAAGAAGAAGAACAAUAAGAAGAAGAAGACUGCAUUAACACAAUAAAUUGAUUAAAAAAAGCUACACUUUGUUCUUGU